AUGGCGGACAGACGAGGCCGCAGUACCUCGCCGCAACGCCCAAAUCGAGGACAUCACCACCACCAGCUGUCUGAGGACGAUUCCAUACUGAAUUCCCGCCAACUCGAAGCCUUCGGCCGCACCGUCCACGCCACAGCCUCGCACCUCAUCAACACAAACUUCCCAUCCAGCGACUCCUCACCCAACUCCCCCGACCCCUACCGAAAUGCCCUCUCCUCAGUCCGCCGCUUCUCGCAACGACCCGCGAUCCAACGAUCGGUCUUCUCUUUCGCCAAAGCGAACCCCCGCGAACUCAUCCGUAGCAACUUCAACACCUCAGAGAUCGAACACCGCGCGUUGACGUACUUGCCGGAUGACCUGAUCAAGAGCGCGCCGCAGAGUAGUAGUCCGUUCAGCUUGUUUGAGGGAUUCAAGGCGACUUUACCGGAAGAUGAGGUGGACGAGAAGGAGGUGAGGAGGAAGAAGAGGCAUUCAAAGAUAGGGAGUAAGAGUGGGAAGCUGUUGGAAGGGCCUGAAGAGGAUGGACCGCCAAAGCUAAGUAAAUUGAAGCGGGAGAAGGACAAGCUGGAACAUCGACUGGAAAUGAUGGGCGUGAGGAAGACGAUGUGUUCGAGCGAGAUCAAGGAGAUUGACAACAAGAUCUCGAAUCUGAACACCAUGCGCAAGGUCAUUCUGGAUCGAUUAGCGGGAUUGGAGGAUGAGGAGAGGGAGUUGGAGCAGGAAGUCCUGGACUUGUCGGAGAGGUUAGAGACCAUGCAGGAGGAGUGGGCUGAUGAGCAGGCGCUGGCUGCGAGGACGGAUCCGAAAGUCGCGGCGGAGAAGGAGGAGCAACAUAAGGCGGAAGACCGUGAGGAGGAGCCCGGGUUCAUGUCAGAGAGUGUAUAUGGGAAACUUCCCAAAGCAAAGGAGUCGCCUAAGGCAAAGAGGAAGAAAGUACCAAGGAGGAUAUCCAUGCCAGUGUUGCAUGAGCACAUGGAGCCGGGGAGUCGGAUACGAGAAUUUGAGGCACAUAACGAUAUCAUUACGGCUCUGGAUUUUGAUGCGCCUUUCGGAACGAUGGUUACGGCUGCUUUGGACGACACUGUACGAGUAUGGGACUUGAAUGCAGGGCGAUGUAUGGGUCUGUUGGAGGGUCAUCUUUCGAGUGUGCGAUGCUUGCAGGUUGAAGAGAACAUUGUCGCGACCGGAUCCAUGGAUGCCAGCAUACGAUUAUGGGACCUCAGCCAGGCGGACUAUAACCCUCAGGCUGCUGGAACGAGCAUCAACGUGAAACCGACAAUACCGGAAGAAGCUGAAGGCUCGGCGACUGGGGAGGAGCUAUUUACGCCUGCGUCCUCAGAAGCUGAGCAAGCACCGCUUCAACAGGAGUACCACACGGAUGCCAUGGCUGAUUGCCAUAUGUUCACGCUCUCAGCACAUGUAGCAGAAGUGACUGCCCUCAAUUUCCGCGGAAGCACACUCGUCUCUGGCUCGGCAGACAAGACACUACGACAAUGGGAUCUAGAAAAGGGACGAUGCGUGCAGACCCUAGACGUGCUCUGGGCAGCCGCUCAAGCCGCAACUCUCAACCCACCCAGCAAUGCUGCGACAGCAGAGACAGGCGGCUGGUGGAGGCCGACAGGUGGGAGAUUACAAAGCGCAGAAGCGGACUUCGUCGGUGCGCUGCAAGUUUUCGAAACGGCUCUGGCCUGCGGAACAGCAGAUGGUAUGGUCCGCCUAUGGGAUCUGCGGUCAGGAAUGGUGCAUCGCAGUCUGGUGGGCCAUACAGGUCCUGUCACCGCCCUACAAUUCGACGAUGUAUACCUCGUGACGGGGAGUCAAGAUCGGAGUAUACGGAUCUGGGACCUCCGAACCGGCAACAUCCACGACGCCUUCGCCUACGACCAACCCAUCACCUCGAUGCAAUUCGACGCCCGCCGGAUCGUCGCCGCGGCCGGGGAGGACGUCGUGAAAGUGUACGAUAAGACUGAUGGGCGGCAGUGGGAUUGUGGAGCUGGUGUCACUGCUGAGGAGGAUGGGGCGAGGCCGUCGGUUGUGGAGAGGGUGAGGAUACGGGAUGGGUAUUUGAUUGAGGGGCGGAGGGAUGGGGUUGUGGGGGGUUGGAGUUGUUAG